AAAAUGGGAAAGAGUUCCAUAUACCAGAACAUCACUUGACACUUGUUUUCUCCUCAUGGCGCUUUUUCACCAUAGCUCCAUGCUGAGAAUUUUAACAAGAAGUGAACACUGAGUAACCAUGACUACAAGGAGUGCAUCAAUUGCAGCCGAGGACAGCGAAGCGAGCAGUGUGGAAGAACUGCCAGAAGCUGAAGAGAAACACCACAAGAAGAUUUAUCUCAACUACAAAGGACUGAAGGAAAUCCCCACUGCGUUGGUUGAAGACGUUCAGACAUUCGGACACCUGCAACAUCUUUACCUGAAGAGAAAUCUGCUGAAAACCUUGCCCGCCAACAUCGGCAAUCUGAAAGGACUUGUGGAAUUAUAUCUUCACUCUAAUAGUCUAACAAGUUUACCCGAUGCAAUCUGCAACUUGACAAGUUUGCAGUCUUUGGACGUCAGCAACAACCAGCUGAAGAGCCUACCAGCGUCCCUUGGUCAAAUUUCAUCCUUGGAGAAACUGUUCCUACCUGACAACUUGCUCACUACACUUCCGCCAGAGCUGGGAAAUCUACAAAAUCUGUGCAUCCUGGAGGCCAGCUGUAACCAGCUUAUCAGUAUCCCCAUUGAGCUCAGCAACUGUAGUAAGCUACGCUCACUGAAUCUAAUCAACAACCAGUUACGAUGGUUGCCACGGCAACUGACAAGUCUUGGCUACUUGCAGGAGUUGACAGUCAGCGGCAACAGACUUAUGUGCCUUCCCAUGGAUCUUGGUCUAUGGCAAGAGAACCUACGCACAGUGUAUGUGGACAACAAUCCCCUGCUUCUCGCACUGCCUUUCAGUCUGUGGAAGAAGAAGAUUGGUGCUACAAGAUGUGGUAUGGACGAGCCAUCUGCUGAGCAGCGUCGCUCCAUCCAUAUCAUCAAGGCCAAUGGUCUGUCUGCUAUCUUACCACCUGAACUCAGGCUCAUUAAGGAUGGGCAUGAACCAGUCAAGGAGGUCUUGCCAUUGCUGGACCUGUGUCUAGCAGCUGUACAUCAUUUGAAAGAUACUUUGGAUUUAUCGACAUUACCAAGAAGCCUGAGUGACCUGGCAGGGAUGCCCACGGCACAUUGCAUGGCACCAAGCUGUAAUGAGAAGCCGAUUUUCACCACGGCCUGGGUACAUCUACUCAAGCUUGACUGGGCCCAGCCCUGGCAACGGACGCAGGAAAGCAUUGGCUUUGUGGGUUUGUGUUGCUCCAAGGAGUGCUUGCGGACUUUCAAGAAGAUCCCAGUGCCAACAUUUUGAGUGGGUCCGUCUGCAUUAUUUGACAUCAAGUCAUUAUUUGACAUCAACACAGUGCAACAGACCUGUAUAAAAGCUGUGUUGGAUUGGGCUGCCAUCAACACCAGUGCAUAAACUUGUAAAAGUUUCUGGGACGAUGAGAGCUAGUCCCAUAUAGGGAAUGCACAGCCGUUUUCCCACAGUAAACUUAUAUGCGAGAUUUGACCUCAGUGAGGUCAUAUUGUGCAUCUCUCUAUAGGACCGAUGACAUCAUACUCAUAUGUUCUAUUGAACAAUGCCACUGUAUUGUAUCCUUAUGCAGCUGGAUUCAGAAGAUUCUGAGGCAGUUAGGACAUGUUUAAUUUGAAACAAAACCUUUGUAACUUGGAAAAUGUACAAUUUACAACAGUGGUUAUGGUUUUGGGCCAUGUACAUUUUUUGUUCAAUAAUAUAUUAUAAAGUUCAAUUAUACAAGAGCAUUUUCACACACAAAAUACAAUAUCAAGAAAUUGAAGUUGUAAAAAUGGUGGAUGUUUUGUACAAUUAUGUAAAAUUUAGAAUAAUAUUCAGUCAGAAACCACGCAGGACGUUUUGCAGUCCGGUGGUGGAAAAGGAACAGUUAUGUAAUGUGAUUCACCAGGUUUGAAAUAUUGUCCCUCUCUAAAAGUUUUCUGUGACAUUCUCCUCUUACUUUGCAAUAUUUAUUAUUAUCAACAAACGUCUUGCUUGAUAGCCUUUCCAUGUUUGGGAAUUGUACAAAAUAUUAAGACUCUGCACAUGCCAAAAUAGAUCUUAGAGUUAACUGAAAACGAUAAUAUUUACCUAUGAUACAUUUACUAUAAAAGCAUCAAGAGGAAUUAA